UGUGCGUGUAGAGGUCGUGGGCGGAGCGCGACGGUCUGUGGCGUGAACCGCUCUGUAGUAGCGUGACUGCCUGGUUUCUGCUCAUCUGACAGAGAUACUUCGGCAGCCGGCGCAACCAUGUCCGACGACGAGCAGCAAGAGCAGACCAUCGCCGAGGACCUGGUCGUGACCAAGUACAAGAUGGGCGGUGACAUCGCCAACCAGGCACUAAAGGUGGUCAUCGAUGCAGCCAAGCCCGGAGCAUCAGUUCUCAGCCUUUGUGAAAAGGGAGAUGCUUUCAUCAUGGCAGAGACCGGAAAGGUCUUCAAGAAGGAGAAGGAUAUGAAGAAAGGCAUUGCGUUCCCAACCAGUGUGUCAGUCAAUAACUGUGUCUGCCACUUCUCUCCCCUGAAGAGUGAUCCAGACUACAUGCUGAAGGACGGCGAUUUGGUCAAAAUUGAUCUAGGAGUACACGUUGAUGGUUUCAUCUCCAACGUGGCCCACAGUUUUAUUGUAGGAGCUACUAAGGAAGCGCCUGUGACAGGAAGGAAAGCUGAUGUCAUCAAAGCAGCACACAUGUGCGCGGAGGCUGCUCUCCGUCUCGUAAAACCUGGCAACCAGAACACACAGGUCACCGAGGCCUGGGGCAAGAUUGCCCAAUCAUUCAAGUGCACCCCAAUUGAAGGCAUGCUUUCCCAUCAGCUCAAACAACAUGUUAUUGAUGGAGAGAAGACUAUAAUCCAGAACCCUUCAGAUCAACAACGGAAGGACCAUGAAAAGGCAGAGUUUGAGGUUCAUGAAGUGUAUGCAGUGGAUGUGCUGAUCAGCACAGGAGAAGGAAAGGCAAGAGAUGGAGGGCAGAGAACAACCAUCUACAAACGGGACCCCAGUAAGCAGUAUGGACUAAAGAUGAAGACCUCUAGGAUGUUCUUCAGUGAAGUUGAGAGACGCUUUGAUGCCAUGCCUUUCACUCUUAGGGCGUUUGAGGAUGAAGCGAAAGCUCGAUUGGGAGUGGUGGAGUGUGCCAAACACGAGCUACUUCAGCCGUUUAGUGUACUACAUGAAAAAGAAGGCGAGUUUGUGGCUCAGUUUAAGUUCACAGUGCUGCUGAUGGCCAACGGGCCUCUGAGAAUCACCAGUGGACCAUUUGAAGCCGACCUCUACAAGUCCGAAUACGAUGUAGAAGAUCCCGAACUCAAGUCUCUGAUACAAAGUUCUGCAAGUCGCAAAGCACAGAAGAAGAAGAAAAAGAAGGCCUCCAAAACAGCAGAGAAUGCUACAGGUCAACCAGUUGCAAAUGAAGUUGCAGCAAACUAAGAGGCGACACAACACUCAUGACACCCUGAAAGAGCAAAAACCUCAACAUUUCAGUCUUGCCCCAUUGUUUUAAGCUCUUCCUCGAGAGUCCUUGUAAAAACCUUGUGUGUGUGUGUUUCUGCCGCCUCCGGUUGUGGAGAAAUGUGUCAUUUAGAUUUGGACUCCCAGGUUGAGUGCAACAAAUUUGUACUUUUCAUAAUAAAUCUAUUUACUCUUUUGAAGCACUCGGUUUACAUUUGACAACUGGAAUGCAAUGCCUUUUUCAAAAUGUAAUUAAAAAGACUUCGCAAUUCUUUUGUAGAGUUGCGUUUUUCACAAAA